AUGAUCGAGUUUGCCACCUCCACGCUGGGAUCAAGAAAUGUUCUUGCAAUCGCAACGGAGGUGGAACAAGGAGCUGCCCCGAUGCAGAAGUUCACAAUAACCGCAAAUGGAAUGAAGAGGCUGGCAGCCAGCAACAUCACGGUGUGUCAUAAGAUGAAUUAUGUGCAUGUCGUCUUCUACUGCCAUUCAAUUGAAAAAACGACGACUUGUGUGGUGCCUCUGCAAGGAGCUGACGGGUCGAAAGCCAAAGCCGUAGCAGCCUGCCAUCAAGACACAUCUCAAUGGAACCCAAAUCAUUAUGCCUUCAAAGAGAACAACGUUGAGCGAGGAACCGUUCCCCCCAUCUGCCAUUUUCUUAAAGCUGAGGAUGUUGCUUGGCUUACAAACCAAAAACCAACUUGA